AUGCUAACGUUCACCAGCGAGGUGGGCUACGUUACCGACAGCGAGGGCAAGGUUUACCAACUCGAUAUCACCGGUCACAACAACGUUCGCGUCAUCAGCUCCGAGAGAAAUGAUGGCUACUACAUCCAACCUACAAGCUAUCAUGUAGAGUCUGCGCACGCUUGUAACUUCUACAGCGAGGCGACGCGUGGUGUUGGAUAUCUCAUCGGCGAGUUUCCGGGUCCUGUCGAGGCCGACUUCAGUAGCAAUAUCUGGGCGGCAUUUUAUGAGUGUUGGAAUGAGGAUCUCGAGCCCACGUCUCCUCCUGGUGUACCGGUUCGACGGGGUAGAGUUUUUGUGGAACCAGGUAGUCUUUAG